UUUGUGAACAAAUACUUUUACCGUCAUAAUCGCUCAACGCUCAUGAUACAUCUGAUUUAAGAUCCCGAAUGUCAUAACGGUGUUGCUGUUCAUCCUCGAUAUCUGUAAAAGAGUUCAACUCGAUCAACAAUGCCUGGGGAUCCUGAAAUUUGGGAGGUCAGUGAUGAUUCCUCCACAUCGGGAACUGACACGGAGAACGAUUCACCUCCUACUGUCGACAGAUCCUGCAGCAGCUUAAAUGCACCUUUUGUGACAACCCAAGAAGAUGCAUUUGUGAAAUUGAAAACAAAUCUCCGGGACCAUUUUGAUAAUAUAAGCAUUGGUACUACAUUCUCCCACCAAGGUAUCCUUCCGAACGCACCCAAUCCAGGAAUUUUUCUUCACGACUAUGGUACAAUUGGAUUCCCGCUCACUGAGCAUGACUUUGAAAGAAUAAUGGCAGCAAGCGAUUCAGAAUCUGGCGAGAUCUCUGGAGAUACACUUACUCCUUCUCAUGUGUAUACCAUUCCCGGCAACAAGAUAGCUACGAGAAACCCCGCUUGGACACCAGUGGUUCAAUCGAUAGUAGAAAAAGUGAAGAUUGGGCUGGGAUUGGAGAGUAAGAGUGCUCAUGCAGAGCUGUGUGCUCUCGUGUAUCACUCACCUGGAAGUACCGCAGAGAUCACCAACUCGGUUGUGAUGCCAUCUAGACACAACUUUGGAAUAUUAGACAUCAUUCUGCCAUCUGCUAGAGGAAGCGAAAAGUUCAUUCUUGAACACAAUGGGAAGAAACUCCAAUUACACAACAACGGAUGUUCCGAAUGGGACUGCUCAUUUCUCUCAUGGUUCACAGAUAUAUCGGUUAAGAGUAAAUCAUUAUCUUCAGACCACCGCCUUAUCCUCAGGUAUGAUCUUCAGCAUACCAUACCGGAAGAGACUAGUUCCGCUACAGCUAUAGAAGCUUCAUUGUCUAAUCUACAAAGUAUAUUGCAACCCUGGACAAGAGACCGCGUGUUAGUCCCACAAAAUAUACUGGGAUACGUGCUUUCAGAAACCGACCAAUCUGAUAUUUCCCUUCAUAAGCUCCGCGGAAAGGAUCGUCUUGUUGUCAAUCAACUCAAGGAAGUCUGCGCGGGAAGCAAUUUUGAGCUCUACUUUGCAACAUUACAGAAAGAAGCCAGUGGCCCAGCUGAAUCGUUUGGAGAUGACUAUUAUGGUUACGAUGAACCAGUCGACGAAAGUCACGUCAUGGUGGAAGUUGAAGAGGAAUCAUUACACCUCACCAAGCUUGUGAAUCUCGAUGGUGAACUGCUACGUGCAGAUUGUGGAUUUUUUGAUGAAAUAAACCUCAUCAACGAUGACGACCCUUUUGACGGUGCCUGCACCGAUACAGAGAACUACGAUGAUGAAUACAUGACAAAAUAUUAUGGUGCUCCUAUGGUAGUCCUCAUACCUCGAGCUUCUCGAUUCCAAUUCAUGUUAGGCAAAUUGAAUAAAUCGGACAGUGACAGAAACGAAGGUGUCCUCAAGUAUAUGGCAGAUCUGGGGGAAAUAACUUCCGAAUCCCCUGCCGCUGACCGGGAAGACAUGAAAAAAGUAUGCGAAAUAGUACUUGCGAAAAGUGAAAGCGGUUGGCCGAGUAAUGUCCUAUCGGGGUUCUCGCAUAGGGUAUAUCUCUUGGUAAUCAGCUCGAUAAUAGACCUUGAUGACGAAGUUCUUCUUGAACGCACGUUACCAACUUGCUUCUCAGGUCCUGAGUAUCAGCCGUUACUAGAUAAAUUAAGGGAGAAAAAGGGACCUCUAUGGAUGCUGGCUAGAGCCGAAUCAUAUAUUGCUGCGAUUCCCGCUCUCGGUAGUCGGUGCAAAGCGAUCGAAAGUCUAUCUCAAUAUCAAAUGGAGACCGAUUGGUCCUCCAAUCAAUAUGAAUUAGCAUUAUCGGCAUGUGCGCCAUCUCUGGGUGUAUCUGAUGUGGCACAAUUGAUUCAAGUAGCAAGAGUAUUGUCUGAGAAACAGAUCAUCGAAAUUUUCCUUCCAACCAUCAAACCGUGUUUGAAUAAGCAACAAAUGCUGUGCUCAAUCUUGACGCAUAUCUCAAGAAGUCUCUCAUCAAGCGAACGCACAUCGCUGCCACUUGAUCUAGUGUUUAAAGAAAUAUUAGCAACCAAUGUUGGUAGAUUGGAGUUAUUGAAUCUCAGAGACUGGCCAGACGAUAUUUCCUCAACAGAAGGCGAGGCAGGCUACCAUGUCAGAUACGCACUAGGUAAAACCUGGCAACAGCGGAAGUAUCGGAGCAUAGCCCUCGUUGUUUGUCGGGCUUACCAAAAAGAGAUGUUCCUCGAGCUCGAGUAUCUCUUCAGAGGACUUUGCGACCAAGUUCAGUCUGUAAAAUGGGCUUCUUUUAAUGAUACAUUCAUGCCAUUCCUCGAAGCUCUGGCUAAUUCUAUGCGCGAUGUUAUCCCGACCGCAUUCAAUGCACCAUUAUUCAAGCAACUUUUUCAGACUAUUGUCAGCUCGUAUGUCAUACGUUAUCAUGAAGAAAAGCCUGUCAAGCCCGUAAGAUGGACUCGCGACAUUCGAGGAUGCAACUCGGACUGCCCAGACUGCAGAUUACUAGAUCAAGUUUUAUUAGACCCUGCUAGACAAAAGUAUGUGUUCUAUUUAAAAGCACAACGAAGACAGCAUUUGGAAAAUCAACUUUCCUCAGAUGUCCAGAAUGGGCUCAUCAAGACUUCUAUUGUUAAAGAUCGUACCCCGCAUGGUUUGGUGAUGGAAAAGACUCGCGAUGUUUUUGCCCACAAAUUACGGAAAUGGUCCCUGGCAGCAAAAGAGUCAACGCUACGUAUCGAAAUGCUGGGUGGAGAUGUAAUAGAUAUCCUGUCAGAGGAGCAUUACGAGACGCCAUUACCUAGUAUGGCAAAAGCAUCCGACGACAAUAUUCAGCAGGCCAAGAAAGACAUUGCUACAAUCAUAUCUAAAUACCGAGCCACCAUAGGACCCCAAAAGUCUUCUUCACGCGAGACUUUAGCUUCAUCCAGUGGCAAUACGAUUAGUGGUUUUGGCAUAGGUGAGAAGAGAGGCUUCUCUUCAGAUGUUUCCGCCUCAAGCGGAAGUUCUGUAUCUGAUGAAACACAAGCAAAGCGACUUCCAGCAUGGAAUCAAUGGCGAGAGCCCAACAAGUAAUUACUUUGCCGUUAUAUCAUGAAUGUUGUUAGCAUCAAGAGUGCUCUCUUGGAAAAUAUCAGCCUCUUAUAUUUUCUACAAUAAUCGAAGGUUUUGAAAUCUUGAGUUCUUCGUUGCAGGCUAGAAUCUAUUGCAUGCUAUGU